AUAACACUUUAUAGUGCUUGGACUAGCGGCGUGUAACGUACACUAGAAAUGGAAUAUUGAAACAAUUACUUUGUCAAGAAAUUUGGAGCAAAGGCACCCACCAUGAACCUCCUUUAUCCAUUUGGAUGCAGAUCUCCAAGAAGGAAAAUUUCAGCUUACCAAUCAGAGGAAAUAGACAGUGGAUUUCUAAGUUCAUCUAGCACUGAUUUCUUUGAUUCCUGUAAUGGAUUUGUGAAGAAUGAGCUGAGAAAUGAAAUAAUAAGAUCAGAGAAUCGAAGAUCAGCGCUAGGAGAAAGCCUUAGGAAUGCACACAGUGCUCUAGAACACCAGAGGAAUUGCCUACAGCAGCGGGACAGUGACAUCACCCAUAGUAAAGUGGCACUGGAGAGUUUACUGAUAAGACAAGAGCUUUUGGAGUCGAGAUUGUCUGAUUUGAAAUAUAACAAUGUCUAUUCAGAUUUUCCGAAAUUGCGUUUUAGCAAUAUGAAUGAACCUCAGCCUUCUAGACAACUAUCAGUGGUCAGCGACAGUAAUAGGAUUACUGCUUUGGAAAGGGAAAUGAAUGACAUCAAAAUACAAAUGAGAAGCCAUGGUCCAUCAAGGGCAAGUAGCAAUUCAUGCAGACAGAGUUUGUAUGAAGAAAGAAAAUAUGAGGAAGCUGAGUACAUGCAGAUGCAAGAAGAACUGAGGCAAAGUGCAGAACUAAUGGAAGCCAAGUUUAGCAGUGCACAGCGGGAGAGAGAUGCCUUAGAACUGGAGGUCACAUCACUUCAUUCUGGACUCUAUCAAGCGAAAGUUACCUCCAAGGGACUGGAAAAGGAAUGUGUAAAACUGCAGUCUCAGAUAGCAGCCAGCAGAGAUAUAAAUGAGAACCUUUAUCUAGAAGUGACUGCACUGAAGCAGCAAAACCAGAUGUUGGAAAAUAAUGUAAAUGGAUCUGAGAGUGAGAAGAAAUCUCUCCACUUACAAGUUGAAAAUCUGCAACAAGAAAAGCAGAGACUAACGUCUCAGAAAGAGCUGCUGUUUGGGAUAAUGAAGAAAAAAGGAAAACAAAAACACCAUUUUCUGAAGCAAAACAAAAGAAACCCUGUAGAAAGUGAAAUUAAUAAAAAUAGAAACAAAAGCUACAGGGAUCCGGCACGUGGGGGAUCACUCUCCGGAUUAUCAAACUGCUCCAGCCAUUCCCAGAGGCUGAGAAGAAAAAAGGCAGCAAAAUCUGAAUGUAAAGAUCAUGGCAGCACAUUAGGAACUGAAGUUCAGAUGGACUGUAAUAGGAAAUAUAUACAAAAAGAAGAAGAUAAAAACAGCUGGAAUAAAACGACACAAUGCUCGGCUAUAAAAGAAUCUAAUCUGACGAGCGAGCAGAGUUCUCCAAGGAUGGAUAGUCAUAGAAAAUCAAGUAAACGAUCUGAAAUGAAUACUGAGAUUAUUGUUGCUUGCUAUCAACAUCUGGCAGAUUUACUCAGAAAAUUAGAAUGUCUUCUUGUGAACAAUGUAAGAUUAGAUCAUGAAAAAGAACAAGUGUUACCAUUUCUGCUACAAACUCUUAAAGAACUACAGGAUAGUAAAACGACCAGUGACAAAAGUAGAGAAGUAGUAGAGCAACUUCUGAAUGAACACACGGACUUGAGAGAAAACUAUCACAAAAGAGUUAACCAGAUUACUUCUGUCAUUAUUGAAGUGAAACACCUUAGACAAGCCUAUAAUGGAAUUGUUAGACGUUCCAAGGAUCCAGAUGACAGGAAGGCAAUGCUAUGGAUAAGCAGAGUACAGGCAAUUAAGGAUUCUUUGAAAGUCCUUCAAGAGCAAACAACAAACUCUUUGGAAAAGAAGGGCAUCAACCUUUUUAUAAAAAAUUACACUAAAACAAAUGAAAACAAAGCAACGGGUUAAUAGAAUGAUUUUCACCUAUUUUACGUGGCCUUUUUUUUUUUUUUUUUUUUAUCUUUCAUCUAAAAGUGUAUUAUUUGUUGGUUAGUAAUUUAUUUUUAUCCAAAAAAUAAAAUUGCUCUGCCACUAGUGUUAAAUCCUAUCAGAAAACAUUAAUAGGGAAAUCACAUAUAGUUCAGUAGAUGCCGUACUAGGAACACAAUUGUGUGUGUCAUUGGCACAUUACAGUUACUGUACAUAUAGAAUUAAACAUAUUUGAAAAAUAAAAUGUUUGUUGACACAUU